AUGUCCAAGCCACACGGUGCGAUAUGUAUUGACGACUUUAUGCACAGGCAACUAGAAGAUCGAACUAAUAUUCUGGAAUGUGCCUGGCAAGAGCGUCACGACAAAUCGAACGAGUCGGACGAACAGAGUGACGAACCAGAGGCUGCAAAGAUCCCGAAACGAUCUGACUUCACACUUGAAGACGAGAAAGUGCGAGACAUUUACGGCAAAGUCACCGACAGGGCACCUAAUGAAUUCGAACAUCUAAGCCGCUUUUCCAAACUUUCUGUCUACUUCUCAUGGAUCGUGCUGCUCGUAUUCGCCUAUAUUCGAGAAGCUUUACGGAAAUGGGGACUUGAAAACGAUAAAGCCAGCAAGGAACUUGAUAAACAAAAGGAUUUCGCGCCGCUAUUCGCAGAUUUUGAAUCUGUAUAUUCGCGAAACUGCUACGUACGAGUUCGGGACGUGUUCGAACGACCGAUUGGUUCCGUGCCGGGAGCCACCGUAAAUCUCAUUGACAGGACCUCUGACGACUGUAACUGGACCUACAAAUACCCAGGAACUAAAACUAAUGUAAUCAACGUUAGUUCCUACAACUAUCUCGGGUUCGCGCAGGCCAGUGGUCCGUGUGCUGAUGCGGCGGUUGCUCAGAUUGACAAAGAAGGUCUGGCUACAUGUACGACAGUGCAUGAGAGAGGUAACGAUGAUAUUCGUCAAGCAGUGGAUGCUAAGAAAACCCAACCUAUCGAUCGAUUCCCACCAUGUCAGAAAAUCGAAACAUUGGUCAGUGCUCGUGGUCGCUCCACAUCUCAAUACGAACUUGAGAAGCUUGUCGCUGAAUUCCUUCGGGUCGAAGACGCAAUUGUUUUCAGUAUGGGUUUUGCAACGAACUCAAUGAAUGCUCCGUGUCUGGUCGACAAGCACUCUUUAAUCGUUUCCGAUCAACACAAUCAUGCAUCUCUCAUUCUUGGAUGUCGCCUAUCCGGCGCAUCGACGAAGGUCUUCGCGCACAAUGAUAUGAAUUCGCUGGAGAAAAUUCUGCGUGACGCGAUUGCCUACGGAAAUCCCAAAACACAUCGGCCAUAUAAGAAAAUCCUAAUCAUCGUCGAAGGUAUUUAUUCGAUGGAAGGUUCUAUUUGUAACCUUCCUGGAGUGAUCGCCUUGAAAAAGAAGUAUGGCGCUUAUUUGUACCUGGAUGAAGCGCAUUCAAUAGAUAUGAAUUCGCUGGAGAAAAUUCUGCGUGACGCGAUUGCCUACGGAAAUCCCAAAACACAUCGGCCAUAUAAGAAAAUCCUAAUCAUCGUCGAAGGUAUUUAUUCGAUGGAAGGUUCUAUUUGUAACCUUCCUGGAGUGAUCGCAUUGAAAAAGAAGUAUGGCGCUUAUUUGUACCUGGACGAAGCGCAUUCAAUAGGUGCGAUGGGAUCAACUGGUAGAGGUGUGGUCGAGUACUGGGGAUGCAACCCAAUGGACGUUGACAUUUUGAUGGGCACGUUUCACGAAAAGCUUCGGCGCUGCAGGCGGAUACAUUGCGGGUUCAAAGUUCCACAUGACGAAAUUGUUCUCUUUACUAAUGAAUUCUUUCAGAGAACAAUCGAUCAUCUCCGGGUGAAUUCACCUACCGGAUAUUACUCGUGUCCAAUGGCUCCCCCUGUGGCACAACAGAUCUACACUUCGAUGAGCAUCAUCAUGGGCAAAGAUGGCACCAAUGACGGUACAGUUAGGAUCGCACUAGGCUUUGGCCUCCUUGCAUACAUUUUGUGA